AACCGACCGGGAUGCACACUAUAUGCAGCAGAAAGGCAGGAGCUAUAACCGUAGUUCAAGAACAUUUACUAGAUCUCGCAUUGCUGUUGAGGGUUCUUUCUCGCAUUGCCGUUGAGGGUUCUUAGUAAACAUACCCACAUUCUCAUAAUCCUUUUUAUAAUUUUAAAACUCUUUUUUCGUGUUGUUGAUCACCCCCAACUAUGGCUCCUGUUAUUGCUGCUGCUACUUCAGGAGAAGAGCGUGAUAUCCAGAAGAAUUAUUGGAUCGAGCAUACAUCGGAACUCACUGUGGAAGCCAUGAUGCUUGACUCAAAAGCAGCUGACCUUGACAAAGAAGUGCUUUCUCUACUCCCACCAUAUGAAGGAAAAUCUGUGUUAGAAUUGGGCGCUGGUAUUGGCCGUUUCACUGGUGAAUUAGCCAAGAAUGCUGGGCAGCUCAUAGCACUGAACUUUAUCGAAAGUGCAAUUAAGAAGAAUGAAAGCAUCAAUAAGCAUCAUAAGAAUGUCAAGUUUAUGUGUGCUGAUGUGACUUCUCCAGAUUUGAAGUUUUCACCUGAAUCAGUGGACUUGAUAUUUUCGAAUUGGCUACUGAUGUAUCUUUCUGAUGGAGAGGUCCAGAGUCUUGUGGAGAGAAUGGUAAAAUGGUUGAGAGUUGGAGGCUACGUAUUUUUCAGGGAGUCAUGCUUCCAUCAAUCAGGAGACCACAAGCGAAAGAGCAACCCAACCCAUUAUCGGGAGCCUAGGUUUUACACAAAGGUUUUUAAAGAAUUCCAUUUAAGUGCUGAUAUGCUAUGCUGGCUAUGGCAGAAAGUUAAUUCUGAGGAUGACAGGGGAUUCCAGCGUUUCCUGGACAACGCGCAAUACAAGUGUAGUGGCAUACUGCGAUAUGAACGUGUCUUUGGAGAAGGUUAUGUGAGCACAGGAGGAAUUGAUACCACAAAAGAAUUUGUCUCCAUGUUGGAUCUUCAACCUGGCCAAAAAGUCCUUGAUGUUGGCUGUGGAAUAGGUGGAGGUGACUUUUACAUGGCUGAGAAUUAUGAUGUUCAUGUUGUUCCCAUUGACCUCUCAAUUAACAUGAUAUCUUUCGCUCUUGAGCGUGCAAUUGGUCUCAAAUGUGCCGUCAAAUUUGAGGUUGCUGAUUGUACAAAGAAAACGUAUCCUGAUGGCACAUUUGAUGUGAUAUACAGUCGAGACACUAUCCUUCAUAUCCAAGACAAACUUGCGUUAUUCAGAUCUUUCUACAGGUGGCUGAAACCAGGAGGCAAAGUCCUCAUAAGCGACUACUGCAAAAGACCAGGACCUGCAUCGGAAGAUUUUUCAGGCUAUAUUAAGCGAAGGGGUUAUGAUUUACAUUAUGUUGAAGCAUAUGGCCUGAUGCUCAGAGAGGCGGGUUUCGAUGAAGUUAUUGCCAAGGAUCGAACUGAACAGUUCAUUAAUGUUCUCCGGAAGGAGUUGUAUACUGUGGAGAAGGAACGAGAUUCAUUUUUCCAGGAAUUCUCAGAACAAGGCUACAAUGAAAUAGUUGGAGGUUGGAACGCCAAGCUAUUGAGGAGUUCAUCUGGUGAACAGAGGUGGGGAUUGUUCAUUGCCAAGAAGAAGUGAUUGUCAAAAUGCAGGAUGUAUCUGGUUUUCUUGUACGUUCUUGAAACCGAUGUACUCGUAUGUUGUUCGGUUGGUGUUGUAAUAAUAAUAAUCUUACAUCUUUAGGAUGUAUGUUUAACUGUCACAUUGAAUCUUUAUAUAUAAAGUCCUCUAUUUCUUCUA